GCCACUUUCUACAGCGAUCUCCCCGACGUCACGCUUUUCCUCACGCAGCAACUGCGCACCUCUUCACACCGUGCCUCCCCCACGAGAAGACGCGUCGUUGACAGCUCAAUUGCUUCACGGCCUCCCUCCCGCUCGGUCACCACCGCCCCUACACGACACAUCAACGUCGGCCGCUUGAUAUUCUGAGGACAAACAGCUGCCAUGGCGUCCAGCGUCGACGCCAAGCUUCUUCGAGCUACAAAGUUCCCUCCAGAGUUCAAUCAGAAGGUCGACUUUCAGAAGGUUAACCUCCAGGUCAUGAAGAAAUGGAUCGCCAGCAGGAUCUCGGAGAUCUUGGGAGCCGAAGACGAUGUCGUCACUGAGCUCUGCUUCAAUCUCAUCGAGGCCGGCCGAUAUCCAGACAUCAAGGCAAUGCAGAUUCAACUUACCGGCUUUCUCGACAAAGACACUGCACCGUUUUGCUUGGAGCUGUGGAAGCUGUGCCUCAGUGCCCAGUCGAGUCCUCAGGGAGUGCCAAAGGAACUGCUGGAGGCCAAGAAGCAAGAGCUGAUUCAAGAAAAGCUGGAUGCCGACAAAGCCGCUGAAGAAUCACGAGCCCGACGGGAGUUUCAAGACCGACGCGAUCGCGAGCUCUCAGAUGUUCGCGACCGCGAACGACGCGACCGUGGCUUUCGAGGUGGCCGUGGCGACAACUGGCGAGGACGAAGAGGUGGGGACAGGUUUGAUGACCGCCGAGGAGGGGGUUUUGGUAGAGGUCGCGACCGGUCCAGAUCUCCCCCGAGUCGAGCCAGGGACGCCUAUCGUGGAGAUCGUGAUCGGUACAUUCCAAGUGGGCGCCGGGGCGGUCGUCCAGGUGGUGGGCGGGGACGAUCGCCCUCACGAUCAGUAUCGUCUCACUCGAGAAGCUCAGUAUCGCGGUCGCGCUCACGAUCGUAUUCCCGCUCGCCUUCACGGUCAAGGUCACGGUCAGGCAGCCGCUCUGACGCAAGGCGGCGCCGGACUCGGUCCCCUCCACCGCGGAAGCGGUACAGAUCAGGCGACCGCGGUAGAGGCCAGAGAUCGCGCCGAAGAAAUACAUCAUCCUCUGCCAGCAGAUCAGUCUCCAGAAGCAGCAGGUCGCCCUCCCCUGCAAACAAAAGACGCAGGGUCUCUCCAAGCAGAUCGAGAACGCCUCCACGAAGGCGCCACAGGCGACCAUCCAGCCGUUCACGCUCACGGUCGCGUUCCAGGUCAGCGUCUCGCGCUUCAGCUCGGGAUACAAAAUUGCAGCAGGACCGCGCAGCUAGAGAGUUGAUAAGCCGCAGCCCGUCCCGCGACCGCAGCGGUAGGCUACGGCGUCCUACCUCUCGCAGUCGGAGCGUUUCCAGAACCGGCGAUGGCCAUAGUCGCUGAAGGAGACAGAAGACCAAUGGUAGCCAGCGUCGUACUUUGUCGUGCCCCUGCCAGACAAAGACACAUCGAGUCAUUUGGCAUGCAGAGAGCACAUUCCCUUCCCUCUUGGUAAACAUGAUGCUCUGAC